AUGUUGGGAAAAACACGCUCGUUCAUUUUUUGCACGUUAUUGGGCAAACUGGCUGAGCAGCAGAGGAGCAACAAGAUGCUGGAGGAGGGCAUGGCGUUGAUGGACAAGGCCUUGAGGCUGGCAAUGACCCCGGAUCAGCUUCACACACAGCUGUCAGAGAAGAUGUUGGAGAAUAAUUGGCAGAUUAUUCGCAAUGAAGGUUUGGCCCAGCUUGAUCAGAAAACAGGAUCGUUUAGUUCCGAGGAAGAGAAUCUGCGGGAGACUGGCGACUGGAAACAAUUUACUGUGUAUCAGAGAGGAUGUAAAAACGAAAACCACUGCAGAAAGGUGCCCAGAACAUGUGCCCUACUCGACCAGAUUCCAGAAGCCAAUGGCUGCCGGCGAGGGCAAAUCAAGUACUCCGUCAUCCAUCCAGGGGGGCACGUGUGGCCCCAUACUGUGCCCACAAACUGUAAAAUUAGGGCCCACCUGGGGCUUAAGGUGCCGAAAGGGCCGAGGAUACGAGUGGGCAACGAGACCAAGUAA